AUGGGUGGGGGAAAGCGGCUCGCAGCCGCCGCUGUUGCCGUCUGUGUGGUGUACCUGGUGCGUGGAACAUCAGGCUGCCCAUCAGAAUACGCGAGUUUCAACGGACUUUGCUACAAGAGCUUUACUCAAGUGAAGAAUCGCGCACAGGCUAGUGAUGCGUGUGUAGCAGACGGCGGGAUGCUGGCCAUGCCGAAGGACAGCGCGACCAACGAGUUUCUCGCUACUCUGGCACCGGUAGUAUCCGGGCGCUGGCUGGGACUGGUCGACAGAGACAUCGACGGCCAGUGGGAAUUUGAAGACGGUGACUACCUGACUGGCUUCUCCAGCUGGCGGACGAGUGAACCGGACAGCGGGGACGAGUGCGCUUCGUUUUAUUCGAGCUGCCCAGCAGACUACGCGAGUUUCAACGGAGUUUGCUACAAGAGCUUUACUGGUUCGAAUAAUCGCGCACAGGCUAGAGAUGCGUGUGUGGCAGACGGCGCGAUGCUCGCCAUGCCGAAGGACAGUGCGACCAACGAGUUUCUCGCUACUCUGGCACCGGUAACAGGCGGCCGCUGGCUGGGGCUGACCGACAGAGACCUGGACGGCCAGUGGGAAUUUGAAGACGGCGACUACCUGACUGGCUACUCCAGCUGGCUCCCGAACGAACCGGAAUUUACUAUAGAAUCUACACCCAAAGCGCCCAAUGGAUCGGUGUCGGAGACCAAAUUGCCAGACUAG